GGGAAUGUGAAAAUUCAAAAAAAAUUGCAGCAGUAGUUCCCAGAGCAACAGCAACACUCAUCACCUCUACAAUGGAAGACGCUCCCUCUCUCGAACUUCAAAUCCUCAACGGUCCUCGCAAAGGUGAAACCCACCGAUUCCAACCCGGUUUCACCGUCAAAAUCGGCCGUGUCGUUCGCGGCAACAAUCUUCCCAUCAAGGAUCCAGGUAUAUCCACCAAACACCUCACUAUCCAAAUCGAUUCUGGAAAUUGGGUAGUCCUUGACCUAGAUUCCUCAAACGGCACCGUUUUGGACGGUGCGACAGUUCCUCCCAAUACUCCUUUUCACCUCCGUGAUGGAUCCGUUGUUAAGAUCGGUGAAGUUACUUCUAUUGUUGUUAACUUCGUUAAACCCCAAAAUAAUGCUACAGUUAGUACCGAAGUAGAAGGGAAACCAAUGCGCGGUAAAAGAGGUAAUAAAGGUGUUAAUUCUAGGGUUCCUGUUCAGAGUGUUGAUGAAAAUGAAACUGGGAAUGUGGUUCAACCUGAACCAACUAGGGUUACGAGAAAUACGAGGAGUGUGCGGAGUGGAAACAAUGUUUCUGAUUCUGCUGUUGGGAAUUUGGAUGCUGUAGAAGAAAAGGUGGAAGAGCCAAAAAAGAACACGCGUGCCACGCGGAAUAAUAAGAGUAAGCAGAAGACGGUCACAUUUAGUGGCUUGAGUAUUGGGGAUUUGGAAGCUCAAGAAGAGAAAGCAGAAGAGUUGAAGAAUGCGAGGGUGACGCGUAACGCGAAGAAUAAGAAUAAGCUGAAUGUGGUUGAGAUUUCUGAAUCAAGUAAUGUGGAUUUGGAUGUUGUGGAAGAGAAGGUGGAGGAACCGAAAAAUAAAAGGGUGACGAGGAAUGCGAAAAAUAAGCGGAAGGUGAUUGAGAUUUCUGAAUCAAGUAUUGUGGAUUUGGAUGUUGUGGAAGAGAAGGUGGAAGAACCGAAGAAGGCAAGGGUGACACGUAAUGCGAAGAAUAAGCAGAAGGUGAUUGAGGUUUCUGAAUCAAGUGUUGGGGAUUUGGAUGUUGUGGAAGAGAAGGUGGAGGAACCGAAAAAUGUAAGGGUGACACGAAAUUCGAAGAAUAAAGGGAUUGUGAUUGGGGAAAAUUCAAGUUUGGCAGAUGGGGUGGUGGAUGUGGAGAAAAAGAAAACAAGGGGUGGUGCCAAGGGAAAGAAGAAGUUAGAGGAAGAGUGUGUUGAUGAUGGAGAUGGUAAAGACAUUUGUGAUGAGAAAGACAAUGAGAAUUUGAACAAGGAUGAGAAUUGGACGGAUAUGAAUAAAAUGAGUUUAGGUGAGUGGUUUGAUUUCUUGGAAGUUUUUUUGCCAAAACAGAUCAACAAUGAAACUGAAGCUAUUAUUGAUUCCAUGAGAGAAAAAGCUGAGAGACUUCGCGAGUACGUCAUAAUGUAUCAGAAUCAAAAAGCUUAAACUACCCCUGGAAUGGAAUAGUCUUGUGCCAUGCUCAUACCACUGCCAAUGCAGUGGUUCUAGAGUUCCAGUUUAUGUAGUUACUGAUUGCUAUGUGAAGUUAGAACAACUGUUAGGUAGUUAGAUUUUGUUAACUGAAGGAGUUCUUAGCUAGCACUCUUCUGCUAUUCUCUCCAGAAUAUUUGUGCUAUGGCUACUUAUAAAAGUAGUGUACCUCUCUAUUAUUGCUUUUAGUGAAGUAACUCAAAUUUACAGAAA